UUCACAGAUCAGGAAAGAAAGCUGAUGGAAGCCUCAACAGAAUUUCAUAAAAAGGAUUCAAGCACCAGCAGCUCCCUUACAGAAGUCAACAAUAAGAUUGACGCUGAAAUUGCAGCUCUCAAAACACUCAUGGAGUCGAAUAAGCUGGAAACCAUCCGUUACUUAGCAGCCUCUGUUUUCACUUGCCUUGCUAUUGCUUUGGGAUUUUAUCGGUUUUGGAAAUAAGAAGCCCUCCAAUG